UCACUUUACCGAAAAAAAAGCCUUGGAAAAAAUUAAAACCCCACCAUGGCACCAGGAGACAAUCUCCCCGAUUUCCACACCAAUACCCCUCUUGAUCCUACCUUUGAAAAGGACAUUCUGGACACGCACCUAAUCUACGACUACGACGCGCAGGAUAGCAACGGCAAGCCGGAGAAAUGGCGGUAUGAAAUGUGGUUCUUCUCGUCUGACCGGAUUGUGUAUGCUGUCCACGGGGGGCCCAUGGCAGGCCGGAGAAACUAUCAACGAGCAACAUACCAAUGCAUACGUCCUGGAGAGCUCUGGCAAAUCAAUUGGCUUGAGGAGACUGGUACUGUGAUCUCUGUAGUCUACGACAUCAAGGAAAAGACGAUGACGACAAUGAUUGCAUUUUCAGAGGGCCAUUGGAAGAGGUCCAAGGAGGCGUUGGGUGACAAGAGGAACAAGGAAGAUCUGGAAAGGUGGAAGGGGUUGGCGGAUGUGGGAAAUCAGAUGUCAAGAUUUAUGUUGAGUGAACAGGGGCAUAUAGUAGAGACAUUCAAGGGGAAGGGAAAGUUGGUGCCGAUUAAGGAGAGUGAUCCGCUGUUUUAAGUCGCUCUGGUGGUACGUUAAGUGGUGGGCGAUAAGUUUUGUGAGUACCGGACGUGUUGCUAGAUUCUCAUUUUCGUUAGAUAAACGUAGCUGGGGAGCAAAGCGCAUAUCCAAGGUGUAAAGUCGGGGUACCCGAGGUCAGUCGGCGACUGCUGGUGUCGCGAUCAAGAUUUACGUAUCCUGUGCUGCAGGGGGAAAUGUAACCUUGUAUAAGGUGCUGUGUAGCACGGACGAGGUACCACGAUACAAUGAAAGCAGUGAGCCCUGUUGGGAGUAUUCGGCGACCAUUUCGGGGACCAGUUUGCAGAGCAGAGGACAGGCGUGAUACAAUGACUGCAUUGAACGGGUGGGAAGAGUGAUUCGAUGUGUUGC